AUGGGUGUGUUUGGUGUUGAAGCAGAUGAAGUGUCAGUGUCAGUGAUGGAGGGAGAUUAUCUCACUCUAAACACUGAUAUUACUGAAGUACCGAAAGAUAGUAAGAUAAUAUGGAAGUUUGGUGAUGAAAUCAUUGCUAGAAUGAAUGAAGCAGAUGGACAUCCCUCUACAUAUGAUGGUCCCGGUGCGAUAUUCAAAGACAGACUGAAGCUGGACAGACAGACUGGAUCUCUGACCAUCACAAACAUCAGAACUGAACACAUUGGACAUUAUAGUGUAGACAUCAAGGACACAGAUGCAAAAUUGAAGACAUUCCAAGUUACUGUCCAUGAUGAUGUGCAGUCAGUGUCAGUGAUGGAGGGAGAUUCUGUCACUCUACACACUGGUGUUACUGAAGUAAAGGGAGAUGAUCAGAUACUGUGGAAGUUUGAAGAUCAAGUCAUCCGCAUUGAUCGCUUAAACAGCGCUGCUGACUCGAGAUGGAGUAGGCCUAACAUUCAUCUGAACGAUCAAACCCGAGAGCUCACCAUCAGAAACAUCCGAAGAGAUCAGUCUGGAGAUUAUAAAGUGGAGAUCAACACCAGCAGUAUGAUCUUACACAGGAAAUUACGUAUUAAUAUCAGUGGUGUGUUUAGUUUCGAUGGGGUGAAGAAAAUGUCAGUGAGGGAUGGAGAUCCUGUCACUCUACAGACUCGCAUUACUGAUAUAACAGCAGAUGAUGGCAUCCAGUGGACGCUUGGACCUCAACACACUUCCGUAGUAAAAACUGACAGAGAGAAUCGAAGAAUAAUAUAUAAUGAGCAUGAUGUGAGAUUUACAGACAGACUGCAUCUGAAUAUUCAAACUGGAGAUCUGACCAUCAGCAACACCAAGACUGAAGUCUCAGGACUUUAUCAGAUAAAGAUCAUCAAACGCACAUAUACCAUACAGAAGAGCUUCAGUGUCACUGUCAGUGCUCAGUCUGGUGCUGCAUCAGGGAUAUGUGGUGCUGGUGUUGGUCUGGUGGUUUGGGCUGUAACUGUGUUUUUUGCUACAAGAAGUAUAAGCAACCAAGGCAAAGGUGUUUCAGUGAAUGUAAAGUGAAUCACUCUCAGGAUCAACAAGAAAAGAAGAAACAACAAUUCAUAAUCGCUGUAUAACAAUACAAACGUAGGCUUUGCGUGACAUACUAAUUAGUGUUUAAUUUGUUUUUAUGAAUAUAUUUUUGACAUAUCACGGUUCAUGUAUUUUUGCCUCAUGCUUGACUACUAGAACAAAUGGAAAAAUUGUAAACAACAUAGUCUAAAAUGUUCAAGUUACAGAACCAUUGAUGACGUUUUCUCGUUAAAUAUAAAAUAAAUCAACAUAUGCUUAAAAUCUAUCCCCUGUAAACCAGCAGGGUUUGGUUGCUUGAAAUUGGUGUUUUCUCUUAGUGUAAUCUUCAGGUUAUUUGCAUAGGGAUAUGGGUGCAAAAUAUAAUUUCUGUGCCAUUCAUGUGCAAGUUUAUGUUUAUGCUGUGCGCAUACAUUUGGAUCUAUGUACAAACACACAAUAAAGCCAAUCAAACUUGAUAAAACUGAGACUAUAUUUUAUGGUGCCAGAGUGAACAGUGUAAGUCACUGAAAUUGCCCAUCAGGCAUGUUAAUGUCUUAUCAAUAG